AUGUACCACCUUGCCAAGGGCCUCUAUCUCCUCGCAACCAGCAAAGAAGAGUACUCCGUCAUCCUCCUCGGCCUCGACAAUGCCGGCAAGACAACCUUCCACGAGCAGGUCAAGUCCAUGUACCUCCCCAACGCCCCCGAGCCCAAGCUCAAGACGGUCCCGACCGUCGGCCAGAACGUCUCGACCAUAACCCUGCCCGACAUGUACCUCAAGCUGUGGGACGUGGGCGGCCAGCACUCGCUGCGCAAGCUGUGGCAGAGCUACUACGCCAGCUGCCACGCCAUCGUCUUCAUCAUCGACAGCACCGACAUUGGCGACGGCGACCUGGCCCACGACAACAACACGGGCCGCCUCGACGAGUGCCGCCUCGUCCUCGAGGACGUCCUGCAGCACUCCGAGACCGAGGGCGUGCCGCUGCUCAUCCUCGCCAACAAGCAGGACCGCGAGGACUGCGUCGAGACCAUCCGCAUCAAGGAAGGCCUCGUCAAGCGCGUCAUGGAGGGCGAGAAGGGCGCCGCCAUCCGCGACUCGCGCGUCCUCGCCAUGAGCGCGCUGACGGGCGAGGGCGUGCGCGAGGCCAUUGACUGGGUGCGCACGAGGGUCCAGUGGAAUAAGGAGUCGCGGCCGCCCGUCAUGAGGUAG